AUGUUAUUAGAUCGUGUGUUUUUCAAGCCUUUUAAACAGGCUUACGGAUCAGCAAGUGCAUCAUGGAUGCGUCAGAAUCCUGGUGCUCGACUAACAGAUUAUGACGUUGCUGGACUGACAAAUAUAGCGUUUACCAAAGCUGCUAGAUUAGGGAUAGCCCAAAGUGGUUUCCGUUGCACAGGUAUCCAGCCUUAUAAUAGAGACGUGUUUUCAGACCUAGACUUUUUAGGUUCUGCGUUAACUGAUAUACCGAUUGAAGAUAGAUCUAGUCAAUCAACAGUCCAGGCUCCUAGUCCUGCAGCACCAGAAAAUGAACCAGGAUCGUCAAUUAGCGCUCUAUCUGUGUCGUCACCUGCCUUUCGACUUCAUGAAGCAAUACCAACCAUGAACAUUGAACAAAUAGCUAGCGUUCCAGCUGUGUCUUUAGAAAAUUUACAAGAGGCGGGGCCAAGUGCACGUAUUGAUAUUGGGAACAUUAAUGAUGUGCUUAAGGUUUUGUCACCUCUACCAGAUGCCUCAAAGAAAAGACUGACAGCUAGGAAAAGAAGAACACAAAAAUGCGAGAUUUUGACAUCUUCGCCUUAUAAAAAGGAAUUAAUGGAGAAAGCUAAAGACACUAAAGCUAUGGUAAAGAUAAAAAGAAACAUGAAAAUGCAGGUGAAAGCGAAGAAAGUUGCAUCUGAGCCAUAUUCGCAACAUCAGGAGACGGAAUGCAUCAUUUGUGGUGAAACAUUCGAUGAGGAUUGGAUCCAAUGCAAAAUAUGUGAAGACUGGGCUCACGAAGCAUGCGUUGAUAUAAAUCCAUCCGAUUUGUACUACAACUGUGAUGUAUCUGUCGCUAAAAAACGAUUUGGUCACUAA